AUGCGGCGAUCGGCUUCCCGGGCGUUGAUUCUCCAGGAGCAGGAUGACAUCGCCAGGAUUGUGAGGUCUGUAGGCCAGGAUUUGGAGCAGGCGCGGUGGAUUCACGCCCAGAUCGAGCAGAGCCAGCACCGGCGGAAUCGAUUCCUGGCCAAUCUGCUGGUGGAGAUGUAUGGAAAAUGUGGCAGGAUUCGCGAGGCCCGCGCGGUGUUCGAUGGCAUGGUCGAGCAGCCCAAUGAUUUCUCGUGGAACAUCCUGGCGUGGGCGUACGCCACGAAUGGGCAAUUGGCGGCCGCGGAGGAGAUCUUCUAUAGCAUGAGUCUGAGGAGCUCUGUCUCAUGGACGAGCAUGAUACAGAUCUACUCGCACUACUCCAAUCCAUCCCUAGCGGAGGAAGUUCUUGGUAGAAUGCCCGAGUGGAAUUUGAUCUCCUGGAACACGCUAAUAGCAGCGUAUGCUCAGAGUGGGCAUUUGCAAGAAUCCACUGAAGUUUUCUUGGCCAUGCCCAAGCGCGACGUGAUCUCCUGGUGUUCUCUCCUCGCCGGAUUCGCCCUCGCCAGCGAUCCCUCCUCCGCCCAGAGGUUUUUCCAGCGAUCGCCAUACCACGACCGCGUGAGCGCAACAUCGGUGCUCCAGGUCCUGGGCGGCGAUCAGGGGCGCGUGAUCUUCGACCUGAUGGAGGAGCGCGACAAGAUCUCGUGGAAUGCGAUGAUCGCCGCGAAUUGGAGCUCCCUGGAGGGCGCCCGCGCGCGAUGA